CAAUUUGCACGUCUUCAUUCAUUCGGCAAUAUCUCUGAAGUUGACAGACACCAAUUUCCGGAAAAUAAAUCGGAUUUGACAGCGAGUAAAGUUUACGAAAAGACGUUUUAUCUUGGAAUUUAUAUACCUAGUUUAUGUGGAAUAUACAAGAUGCCGUUUUUCAGUAAGAAGAAGGGGGACAAGAAAAAGAACGGCGGUUUUGCGGACCCUGUUUCAAACCCACAAAAUUAUAAUGGAGCCGGUGAUGAUACACCGACGCAUUCACCGUACGCUGACGACCCAUCGUCCAGAGCUCUCCCGACGCUACCCGCCGAUGCUGCUGCUGGUCAGCAGUCAUCACCUUCGAGACAGCCAACCACGAAUCCGGCUCCUCAUGCCCCUCCUCCUAAACCUCAACGACUUGUUUUCAGUGCAUUUCUAGCUCACGGGAGCCCACCUACCAAAGUAGAAGGAUUCACUAAUGUAACAGAACUUUAUGGGAAAAUAGGAGAGGGAUUUUCCAUGCCAGCAUCAGAGAUCCUCUUUUGUACACUCAACACAUUCAAGAUUGACAUGGAAAAAUUGUUAGGUGGACAGAUCGGUCUAUCCGAUUCAAUAUACGCACACAUCAAAGGGCAGAAGUUUGAAAUCGCGGUCAAUAAAAUAGAAGCGGCUCUUGGCCUAACAAUCACAGAUAACGGUGCUGGUUAUGCCUUUGUAAAGAGAAUCAAAGAGGGGUCGACAAUGGAGAAGAACGGUUACGUCGAGGUUGGUGAUCACAUAGUGAAAAUAAACUCUACUGAAAUGAUUGGUUGCCGGCAUUACGAAGUUGCAAGGGCGCUAAAGGACUUGCCAGUAGGAGAGGAAUUCACAAUGAAACUUAUCAGACCACAUAAAGCAUUUAAUGAAAUUGGACCACGUGGUAGUAAAGUGUCGUCAAUGGCAACCAACAACAACAUUGGUACAGGAAAAGCCACAUUGAGAUUACAUAGCAAAGGACCUGCUACAGUUGAAAAAUUGCCUGGUGAAUAUGAACAGCUGGCAGUGGGGAAAGUAGAUGACUGUCUUGAGAGUUACAUGGGAAUCAGAGAUAUGGACCUAGCUGCAUCGAUAGUGGACAUGUUCAAGGGGAAGACGGACUUUGUAGAGUUCAUGACGGCCUUCAACGAGAACUUUGAUCUCUUUGGAUUCCCGGAAGCAUUUGUCUUUGAGGUCUGGGGAUUCAUCAAAGAUGCAAAGGACAAAAGGCUCAAAGAUCCUUCCAGCAACUUAGUAGAAUUUGACGAAGCUUUCUAAGGAAGGUAAUAUUUGCACCAUCUCCCAUGCUUUGUAGUGAAGUAGGUGUAUAUUUAAAAUGGCGCCCAACUUGUCAACGUGCAGGCCUGUGCAUUUUUCAGUUUGGUAUAUGAAGGCGGUGCCGCCAAAUUAAGCUAUUUCCUGAGAGAUAUUCAAAGUUAUUGCAAAAGAAAUUGAUUGGAUGAUAAUGCAGUUAUGUUGACUUGUGGGUUGAUCCAUCCAUUGCCAUACAUAUUUUAAUCUUUGCCCUUUAAACUUGAAUGCUUUUAUUAUGGAUGAAUAAAAAGAUGAUUUGAACAAGAUUUUAAAAUGUGCACAUCUAACUUAUUGUCACUAAUGUAUGUAGUAUCAUAUUAUUCAUACAUGUAUCAUGCUAGAAUGAAUAAUAUUGUUAUAAAUGUACACAUGUAGAUCUGCCAGACUGAAUAUUCUAGGUUAUGUUCAAGAAAAUGUAUCAUUUAUUUUGGUCCCUAUGACCAAUGCUUUUAUUUUAAUACAUGUAUGUGCACUGGUCAGCAGUGGUCUUCAAUUUCAAAUCAUAUUUGCACUUUGCAGCUACUGUAGUGCCUCUGUACACUUAUUAUUAUUAUUUUAUUUGGCAGAAUAUCAAACAAGUCAAAUACAAUGAUAAAAAAUAAUUGUUACAAUAAUACAGUAACACAAAAAUAAUUAAACACUGGGUUCACCUGGAUGAGCUGCCAGGCAUUGGGCAAAGUUAACCAAAUAACUAUAGUCCGCGGACCGCCCUAACCCAUACCCAAUCCAGGUGAAUCCAGCACUGUGGUAUUUUCAUGCGAAAAAAAACAUAGCAUAAAAUUUCAUUCAAAGUUACAUAAUAUAACAAAAUGUUCAAUUACUCAGAAUCAAAACAUAAAUUCAUACAAACAAAUAUCAAUAAAUACACUGCCUCUGUACACUUGUGCCUAGAAUCUGUUUUGUAAAAUGCCUAAAAUGCAUUAUUGUGCAUAUCAAGUGUCUUGUAUAGUAAUGUUGCCAUUUAUUAGUUAUUAAGCCUUGACAUUUUUAAACCUCAUUUUUAUUAUAGUAUGUAUUCAGAAGCUUUUAAUAUUGAAAUUUAUGGAUAAAUAUGUGUUCCAUGCCACCAAUCACAUAUUUCAUAUAUUUUCAAAUUUACUCAUCAUGUGCGCAGAUAUGGGGUGCAUUUCAUAAAACAAAUAGUCAGUGAUUGUCUACAUAAAAGCUGAAAUCCUUGCAUUUGAUUGGCUCAGAAUAAAUGUCAGUAAGCGUUUGAAUAUUGAAAUGACUAAAAUGCUAUGUACAUGUAGAUUCCCCCCUUUAUAGCAAUGUGACCAAGAGCUUUGAUGUCACACACGAACAAUUUCUCCAUUAGUACGGUACACAUUUAAUUGCAAGAUCAGGUGUUUUAUUUUAUGAGAGGACAUACGUGUACAUGUAGAGGUUUCAAAACAUAGCCAUAUCCAUAUUUUGGGAUAUAUUUUAAGUAUUCAGAGGGAAGGUUGUAUAGUGAGUCAACCACAUAUUCAACACCACUUUGCGCGCAUUAAGAUUAUUGCAUAUAUUACAAAUGCUACGCUAGGGAGAGUAUGCGCAGUGUACAUAAGAACGAUAAGAAUCGAUGUUACAAGAGAGAGAGGGGGGUAUUAAAAAGGUAGGAAAUUCGCAGAAUUUAUCAAAAUUGUAUUGACCAGAACCGAACCCCACUGUAAUAUAGCUGUUCAUACCAAGAAAUCAGAUAGGAAACGGCUUUAGAACAAAUAUCUGUCGUCAGUCGUCGAAUCAUGUGCCGGAGCUCGCAAUGGAAGUAGCGAGACAAUCAACCAACAUGAUGACAUCAUAGAACCAUUUUCGAAGAGUCAAAAUAUUUUGCCAGCGCGACAAGAACCAUCCGUAAAAUUGGAGUAUGGCGGGUGGUCGGUCCUAAAAUUGGGUGCAAAUGAGCAAAUUUGAAAUCGUUGCAUUCGUUGGUCACCGAUAUCUACUCGCAUGGAAUCUGAGUCGUUGAUCUGUACAUGGGAUUCUGAUCUGCUAAAUUUUUCUGCACAAAUGAGAUGAAAACUAGGUAAAACUGAUAAAUAUUUUCGCAGAUAUGUUUAUAAAAAUUAGGUCCAACCAUACAUCUUUAAAAUCACUUAUUUUUUAUGCAUGGCCAAGAGGGUCUCCAUGCAGCAUUUAUAGUGAUCUCAACGCAGCAUUUAUAGUGAUCUUAACAGUCAAGUAGUGUUCAUAACUUUCUUAUUGCUUGUCCAAUUUUACUCAAACUUUCAUUGAUCUUAUUUUUGUAUUUUUCUGCUUUCACACAAGCUAUUAAAAAAACUUGCUCUAAAUGUUUCAUUCUCCUUUAAUCUGGAUAUAGAGGCAAAUCCUUUCAUUCACAUGUACAUGGAUCAUGGAUGAUUGAUGUUAAGGGACGAGAGUGGGGCUGAAAGGAUAUUAACCUACCCAAUCAUCACAACAAGAUCACAAUUCAUUUGAUGUUGUCUCUUUAUCAAGAGAUAAAAAUCUAUGUCCAUGUACAUGUAAUUAUGUCAACACACACACACCCAAACUACAUGUACAGUGAAAUGUGUACAGAUUUCUUUGAUGAGGCAAUUGGGGUAUGAAGAACAAAUAUUCAAACUUUGUCAUUAACACUGUACAUGUAUAUAAUUCCAAAGGGUCACUUGGAUGUACACAUGUAGUAGAAAAUUGUUUCAAGAAAAUAAAUUACCGGUACUUUAAUACAUGUCCAUGUACAGAGCAAAGUAAUGCAGCAGGGCAAUUCGAUAGGUUGGUGGACAUGAGCUUAAAAAUUCAAAUUCAAUAUAUAUAGCCCAUCUGAACUGUACAUUUUAAUAGUGUUUGCCUUACUUAUACUUAUUACUGGUUCUUUAAUUGAUGUUGAGGGCUUAAACCGUAACGUGAGUAACCUCUUUAUCUGCACCCCUAGUAAAAACCAUGUGUUCUUUAUUUUUUGAAUUAUAUACAAAGUUUGUAUCCCUAAUAUACUUCUUUGAAAUGGAUAUAAUCAACUUUCAUAAAAGCCUUGUAUGAGGACACUUUUCACUUAUGUCGACUUCAUUUUAUGCAUGUCCAAAUCAUGUAACGUGAGUAACCGACACAUUUCAAAGAUUUGCCAGGAGCAUAAUAAAAUUUCCCAAGUUUUGUUUUUAUAUAAAGGAUAGUCAGACUGCGUACUGUGUUGUGAUAAAGAGAUGUUUAGUUCCUAUAAAUAAUAAUGGAGUUACAGCUCCAAGUAUGAGUCAAGGUGUCUCCAAAUGUAACGUGGGUAACCGUGGAAUAGCCCAGCAGACCCUUACCUCUUUUUAAGUUUUUACAGAAUUCACAGCCAUGUUACAAUGUAUAUGUACUUAAAAUUUGUCUGUUAUGAAUGUCAAAGUUCUACCAAGGUAUACAUGUACAUGUAUGUAACUUUGCUUGACAGCCAAUUAAAAUAAAAUAACAAACAAGAAUUCCCUGGAGGUUACAUGUAGUGGCAAAGUUACAGACAGUUUUUGUAAUCAAAUGCAGUUUGACUGAGGUUAUGGAGUCAAUAUGGUAUUCAACACUACUUCCUCUUUCCUUAUUCACUUCUUCACUGACAAAGUCUGUUUGCCUACAUAUACAUAUGUACAUGUACUCUAUGAAUUUUGCCAUUAAUAUGAAAGAGCCGGUUAUUUAUGUACAUGUACAUGUAAUUAUUCUUAAUAGUCACAUUCAUAGAUUAUUACUCUGUAGUAGCUUGCCAUUACGGUGUAUUCUGUACUUGAAUUAUUCAUCAUAGAUUUUAAUUGUCAUUCUCAAUAAGUCCGUGACAUGUUUUGCAAUUUUUCCAGUACUUAAUCUUUGGGCAUUACCAAAUCAAAUUAUCAUGUGUAUUAAUUAUGAUAUGUCUCAGUACAUGUAGUUUGUCAUCACUGUUUAUCCUCUGUCUAACCAAAACAUUUUCCAGUCAUCGUUUGCCAUGCAGUGCACUUCACCGGUAUAUUGCCUGCAAGUACUGUACUGUAUAUUAAUACAUGUAGGUGAGCAUGAAAUGUUGAACUUCAACCUUAAAUCUCUGCGUUAUUUGGAUAGAGUACUGUAUGAAUUAGGUUUGAAGGCUAGAUUUAAGUUUUGGCUUGAGACUACUAAUCUGCAGUGGGUGUAAUGCUUUUGGAAUUUAGACUUUGAACCUUAUUCCACUAACAUCCCACUUCAAUAAAUGCUGUAUUCAAUCAAAGAGGUGUACAUAUCAUCAACUUGUUGAGUUGAAUUUGCAUGGAGGUAGUCCCACAAUUUCCAAUAUCCGCAAAGUUCUUUAAUACAUUCACUGAUAUUAGAACCUAAAUAUAGCGGAUGGUACCUCACUGAUUUAUACACGGUUGCCAUGUCAAGCUGACAACUGUAAAUCUAAGAAAUUGCAAAAGAAUUGAGAUUGGGCACCUGUUUGAUAAUGGAAAUCCUCUAAUAAUAGAAUUCUGAAUAAUAAUAUUUUGAAGGCAUUUAGGAAUACUGUACAUAGUACACUGCAUUGUACAUACAUGUAUAUCAUGUAGUGUUUACAAUGUAGAUCCAAAUGACAACACUACAUGUAAGAAUACUAAUGAUCAUAAAGGGAAAAUGUAAGCUUUGAAGCAUAAUAUCUACAGAUUCUGAAGGAAAAUCAGAGAGAUUCUUAUGAAUAAUAAAAAGUAAUGAAGUUUGAACAAAGCAUGUAAUUAUUGUGUACAAAAAUGUACAAAAACAUGUACUACAAUUACUGUAUCCCUAAGGGAUAUCAAUUAUUGUGGUUACAUGGCCUGUACAGUUGUACACCGACAUAUUUGCAAUUUAAAGAUAAAUUCCCAUUAAUUCGUAUUUACUUUCAACAAUUUUCAGAUUUUUAUGUUUCUGCAAUCAAAACCAAUUUUAUGCCAGGAUAGACAAGACUUCCUCUUUCAAUUUGAACAUCAUUCAUAUAAGGUAAUGAUGCAUUAUAGUGGUGUUUAAAGUAAUUAUUUGUUUUGUGUUAUUAAUCACUGGCCAAAACAUUAAAUAUUUUUUUGGAUAGUCAUUCUGAUUAAUGUCACAUAUCAGUUAUCAGGUCAACAAGUGAGUACAGGUACUGUGCAUCCUCAGCCAAACAUACAUGUACAUGUAGAAGUAUUUAGUAUAAUUCUGAUUUUCUGGGCCCCGUCUUACAAAGAGUUACGAUUGAUCCAAUCAAUCUUAUAUAUGGAAAUCCAUCCAUUUUCCUACAAGAAAUUUGCACAAUCUCCUUAAUAAACAAAGAAAAUCACACUGAAUCUUCAAGAGAACGAUGAGUGUAUGAAUAUACAUGUACAUAUACAUGUACAUGUACAUUAUUAUCUAGAAAAUUUUUUGAACGAAUUUGCAUUUUAGAUGUUCCAUUGCUGGCCGUCCAUAGUUGAGGUUGAUCGUAUCAAUCGCAACUCUUUGUAAGACGGGGCCCUGACCUUCUUUUCUGAUAUCAUACCAGUACUCCAUUAGAAUUUAUGCCACAAGAUUUGCUGCUUCUUGACUACUUGAUUUGUCAUGCUUCUGCAGGUCCCCUUCUAUGGGACUGUGCUUGCUUAGCAAAGUAGUUGCUGUUCAGAAUUGCUUGAACUUGUUGACCUUAUUACAUAAUUGAAAUCAGAGACCCAACAAUGAUUUCAAACAGAGUAGAAAAAAGUCAGUGCAUUUUCAUUCUUAUAUACAUGUAGUUUUUAUGUAUUGACCAAAUUGCAUUGUUGAAAGGGGUGUUGAGGAAGUAAUUCAUCCCACAUCAAGGUUAUGGUAGUCGAGGGUUUUCAUUAAUGCAAUGAAAUUUAU